CCCUCCCACUCUCGCCUCUCUCUGCAGAUGAGAGGCGAGGAGGAGGGAGGGAGCCAAAGCAGGAAGGAAGGAAGGAAGGAAGGAAGGAGGGCAGAAGGAAAGGGAGCCAGGCUGUGAAUGCUAACAAGCCGUCGUGGUCGCGUAGCUCUAGAGGUGGAGAAAUCCACAAGAAAUCCAGCUAUGGAGAACAACGACGACCACUAUUAACACAUACUAUGCGCCAGUGCAGUGAUCGCCCACUGCGCACCGAACCACCGGCCGUCUGAACGCUGCAGAAACCCUCUUUUUACGCGGAGUGAAAUGCGUCGCGGCUGCAGGGGACUGAGCUUCUGACAAUGGAGAUUGAAAAUAUCGUGGCCAACACGGUUCUCCUCAAGGCCAGAGAAGGUGGAGGAGGCAAGCGUAACGGGCGGAGCAAGAAAUGGAAGGAGAUGUUGAAGCUGCCUCACAUCAGUCUGUGUGAAGAACUCCGUCGCUCCAUCGAGAGGGACUACACCAGCCUCUGUGAACGCCAGACCAUCGGCCGCCUGCUGUUCCGUCAGUACUGCGACACGCGGCCGGAGCUCAAGAGAUGCAUCGAGUUCAUGGACGCCUCGGUGAGACGGCCGGGGCCACACCCGCGGGUGUACCAGCUGGCUCCUGACGAGAAGAGGCGGGGCUACGGCCUGAACGUGUUGGACACCUACUUCACCAACGGGUCGGCGGCCCACCUCCCAGAGAUUCCUCAGGAAUUGGUGGCCGGCUGUCGGGAAAAGCUGGAGCAGAGUCACUGCAAGGAGCUCUUCAACGACUGCACCAAGAUCGUUCGAGAGUAUCUGAGUGGAGCUCCCUUCUCUGCUUACCAGGAGACCAUGUACUUCUCCCGCUUUCUGCAGUGGAAGUGGCUGGAGAGGCAACCAGUAACCAAAAAUACCUUCAGACAUUACAGAGUACUAGGAAAAGGUGGAUUUGGCGAGGUGUGUGCCUGUCAGGUGCGGGCCACCGGUAAGAUGUACGCCUGUAAAAAGCUGGAAAAGAAACGCGUGAAGAAAAGAAAAGGUGAAGCCAUGGCACUAAACGAAAAACGCAUUUUAGAAAAAGUUAACAGUAGUUUUGUAGUGAGCCUGGCCUACGCCUACGAGACGAAGGACGCCCUGUGCCUGGUGCUGACCAUCAUGAACGGCGGAGACCUCAAGUUCCACAUCUACAACAUGGGCAACUCGGGCUUCGACGAGCAGCGCGCCAUCUUCUACGCCGCCGAGAUCUGCUGCGGCCUGGAGGACCUGCACCGCGAGCGGAUCGUCUACAGGGAUCUGAAGCCCGAGAACAUCCUCCUAGACGACCGCGGCCACAUCCGGAUCUCCGACCUGGGCCUGGCGGUCCAGAUCCCAGACGGGGAAACGAUACGGGGGAGAGUGGGAACGGUCGGCUACAUGGCUCCGGAGGUGAUCCAGAACGAGAGCUACACCUUCAGCCCAGACUGGUGGGGUCUGGGCUGCCUGGUCUUCGAGAUGAUCCAGGGCCAGUCGCCGUUCCGCAAGCGCAAGGAGCGCGUGAAGCGGGAGGAGGUGGACCGCCGCGUCCGGGAGGACCAGGAGGAGUACUCCGACAAGUUCUCCGAGGAGGCCAAGGACAUCUGCAGACAGCUGCUGGCCAAGGACCCGAAGGAGCGCCUCGGGUGCCAGGGGCGCGGGGCGGUGGAGGUGAAGCAGCACCCCAUCCUCCGCAACAUCAACUUCAAACGGCUGGAGGCCAACAUGCUGGACCCGCCCUUCAGCCCGGACCCGCGGGCCGUGUACUGCAAAGACGUGUUGGACAUCGAGCAGUUCUCCACGGUGAAAGGCGUCAACAUUGACCCCACCGACGAUGACUUCUACCACAAGUUUGUGACGGGGAGUGUCUCCAUCCCCUGGCAGAACGAGAUGAUCGAGAUGGAGUGCUUCAAGGAGAUCAACGUGUACGAGACGGACGGGACGCUCUGCUCCGACCUGGACGUGAACCAACCCGACCCGCCACCAAAGCGAGGCUUCUUCUACCGCCUUUUCAGAAGACAGGUGUGCUUUAAGAGCAGUUACAGUGAAGACGAGCACGAGGAGCCCUCGCGCCUUUAAACCACUCCCUCCCUCCUUGCCUCCUCCCUCCUCGCCACCUCGCCUCCUCCUUCCUCGCCACCUCGCCACCGACCUCCGCCACCGACUCCGACCGAGGGCAAAUCUUAGGAACUCAGUGAAUGUUGACCUGUAUUUAUGAGCUGUAUUAAAAUUGUAUUAUAACUAAAAAGAAAAAAGUAUGAGUUUAAAGAUUUUGUACAUUUGUACUUGAAUUUAUGUCUAGAUGUAUAUUUUCACUAAAGGUUGUAUUGUACAAAAAGCCAUAAAAGUACCACUUGAAUGCAUACAUAACAUUUUAUUUUUUUUUUUUUUUGGAAUGAGUUUGGAAAAAAGUGUGUUAAGGAGUUUUUUUAAGAAGCACAGAACCAGGAGUUUUUUUUAUUUUAUUUCUCAAUGUAGCAUAAGGCCUUUUGUUUUUUCUAUGUGCUGUACGUUUGUUAUCGUUGAUUUGGCAAAAUGUGACGUGUUAGUACAUCAAGUUCACCGACUCACUAAAGCUAACCCCUUAGCCUCCACGCCCCUCCCAGCGGUCUUCAGUAGAUCUCUAUAACACAUGGAUUGGAGCGAUCCUGUGGUGACAAAUCUAAUCAGAGGCAGCCAUGUUGUCGCCGGGCUGCUUAAACCUAUCCAUUUGUUUCCCAGAUUCACACCUCGUCCAACUUCUUAGGUGGAAGGAUUCAAGUGGUUGAUUUGGAAUCAUGCGCCAUGAUAAUUCAUGCCCUGCAGCUCUGGUUGUAAUGAUGAACUGGUAUGUACUGUAUGGAUGGCUUCUAUUGGUAUUAGGCUGCUAUGUGGAUACUAGCAUUAGCAAACAUCGCUCUCCUCUAGGUCCCUAGAGAUGAGCGCUUCUAGCAGAGACGGCAUGCAUCUCUUGUCUGACAAUCUCUUAGUCAACAGGUACAACACACUAAAUAAUCAUCACCGUUUAGUCAAUCAGUUUAAGUUGCGUGUCAUGGAACUGGAUUUCGUUUCUGGCCUUCCACUCGUUUUUUAAGCUCAAAGUGACCAAGGGUCCAAACCCUAUUAGAUUCUGGAUUCUUCUGGAAAUAAUGUUACAAUAUUGACAAUGCUGUCCUUUUAUAAAUCUUUAGCUCCGUUUUAUUUUCCACUUUCGUUUUUUGUCAUUCUUAUUGAAUGAUUACAGAUCCAUAUGGGCUCGUCUUAUAUUGGUGCUGUUUACCUGUUGAUCAUAGAUUACGUGAUGCUUGUCAAGCUAGAAGACCCCGCCCCAGGUCAUUAAUCGGCUAUAUCUGAUCAUUCUAGAGGAAUAGCUGGGAUGAGAAAAGAGAAUUAUCACCAUUUACUACUUCACCCAGAUCUUGUAUGUUGCUCUUCCAUAGGAAAGACUUAACAACUGAUUGCAUGUUCUUAGACAGGCCAGGGAAGGGAAAAAUUAGCUUUCGACACCUGCCUAUAUACCUAUGUACAGGAAAUCUUAACAACUCGCAUAAUCCCAUUUUGUGCACUUUUAAAUACACAUGGAACAUUCUUAAAAAAUCAGCUGGUUUAUGGACGAGCUGAUUUUAUGACAUCCUGGAUUGUAUCAGGAUUUAUUAUGAUUAGCAUAUGUAUGUGCCCUUUGUAGGUCAGAGACACGUUAGCUAUUUUGAAAUUGAAUUUUUCUUGAGACAAACCUAUUUUACCCCCUCCUUUGUUUUAAUGCUGUGAAUAUCUGAACUAGACUCAUUAGCUUUGUGUGCAUUUAUAAUACUGUAACUAUAUACAACUUUUAUAACAUUUGCCUAAUUAUUUAAAUGCAACCUGACCCCAAUUCUAAAAAAACAAGUUUGCCAACCCCAUUGCAAUGUUAUCCAUCAGGGUUUUAGCGGCCCACAAAGUGUUGAUUCUCUGCAUCAUGUGAACACUGUUAUCCUACAAUCACCAUCGAUGAAUGCAUUAACCCAAGCAACUCUGACUCGUUGCACAUGACAUGGAAACCUUGUGAGGCAAGCAAGGUUUUAUGAGUAGAAAACAAAGUGCCACCUUCUGUUAUAUUGACGAUUUGCGAUGUACAGCUGAAGACUCGUAGGGUUGGUUUGGCGAGUUCACAAGCUUUGUCUCAACCAGCACAUUCCAUAACCAGAUCAGGAAGAACACAAAUGCAUUAAUCCUCCGUGGUUUGUCCUCACUUGAGUUUUCCCGAGUAUCUUUGUUUUUUUUUAUUUUGUUUUUUUGUUCUCAGGCACAUUUCAGAGCCAACUUCUCUGGCAAAUGUAGAUUUAUGCCUUUAAUAGGUCUUCGCCUCAAAAAACCUUGUAAAAAUACAUCUUUCUAACAUUUAACCUAUACGCUUUCACAACCAGGAGUGAAAAAAAGAAUAUUUUCCAUCCAAAUAUCAGUAAAGAAAUGUUUUAGUUUUAUUGCACUAUGGUGUGUAUUGACAAUGACUAUAGGUUGUGUCUUUUAACCUGUUGCCAACGAUACCAAAAGCAUCAUUUAUACUUUCUCACUCUGAUGAACUUAAUGCAGAAAGACUCACGCCUUUUUAUUGUACGUGCCAACGACCAACGUUUCGUUCCGACCCCGCCCUCUUCAUUCGACCGGGUUCUCUCUCAUCCACUCUUGAGUUUCCCAGAGCAUCAAAGGAACUUUGAAAAGCUGAACAGUUUUGAAUGUCCACACUAAGUGCAUUGCAAUGCCUGUUUUAAAAAAAAAAAAAAGAGAAAAA